CUUUUUUCUUUUAAAUACAGUUAACAUUCCUGUCUUUUCAUAUGUGUAAAACUGUACAUACCUGGCGUGGCAGUUAAAAUGUGUUUGUGAAUCCGCCCAGCCUGUCGCCGUAUUGCAAAUGCCUUUGUUAGUGGAAAGAACAUACCAGAAUAACUGGGGACGAUUGGUUUUAGGUUGGGAAUGUCAGACUGUAGCGGUCAUUUAAUUUUGCUCUCACCCAAAAUAUAAUAUAAUAUACUAAGUUGUAAUUAUGUAAUAAUUCCUCUGAUCAAUUCUUUGACAAAAGCGGUAGGAAACAAACCUAGCCAGUAUAGGGCACCCUCUGCUAAGGUAGGGACGUGACAGGUGACAAUAACACGUUUUCCUUCUCUGACGUUAGGAACAUUCCUCUGCACUUACUCAUAUUAAAGCUUCACUCACACAGGACGCGAGAGAACUUUCUCUGUUCUCGUGCUGCUUCAUUUCAGCACUCUUGUCCCAGGGAGUGAGUCGGCUAUGGCAAGGGAAUCCGCAAUUCCGAGAUGGGAUGGGUUAAACGUCAUUUAACAUUGUGUUCCACCAGGUGAGAAGAGUGAUGACCAUCCUGUUCCUUACUAUGGUUAUUUCGUACUUCAGUUGCAUGAAAGCUGCCCCCAUGAAAGAAGCUCCCGCCAUUCGAGGGCACGGCAGCCCUGGCUAUCCCAUAGUGCGGAGCCACGGGACUCUGGAGAGCGCGGGCGGGCCUGAGCGGGGUAUGCCGUCGCUAGCGGACACUUUCGAGCAGGUGAUCGAGGAGCUGCUGGAGGGGGGAAGCGAGAAGCAAGCUGCGGCGACGCGGGGGGGGGCGGAGUCCAAGGACACGGACUCGUACACAUCGCGGGUGAUGAUCAGCAGCCAAGUGCCUUUGGAACCCCCUCUGCUGUUUCUCUUAGAGGAGUACAAAAACUACCUGGACGCGGCGAACAUGUCCAUGAGGGUCCGUCGUCAUUCAGACCCCACCCGCAGGGGAGAGCUCAGCGUGUGUGACAGUAUUAGCCAGUGGGUGACGGCCGUAGACAAGAAGACGGCCGUGGACAUGUCAGGACAGACGGUCACCGUCCUGGAGAAGGUCCCAGUACCCAACGGCCAACUGAAGCAAUACUUUUACGAGACCAAAUGCAACCCCAUCGGAUACACCAAGGAUGGGUGCAGAGGAAUAGACAAGAGGCACUACAAUUCACAGUGUCGGACCACCCAGUCCUACGUGCGUGCACUGACCAUGGAUAGCAAAAAAAAAAUUGGUUGGCGCUUUAUAAGAAUAGACACUUCUUGUGUAUGUACACUUACCAUUAAGAGGGGGAGAUAGUGAAUUAAAUGUUGUAUAGAUUUUAUUGAGAGAAAAAAAGAGAAAAUAUCUAUUUGUAUAUAUACAUAACAGGGUAAAUUAUUCCGUCAAAUGAAAAUUUUAUGGACUGCAUGUAAAAAAAAAACUAAAAUAUAUAUGAGGUUUAUACAGUAAAGUGGUAAUACAGUCUAUUUAUUGAACAUAUCCAUGACCUUAAGAAAAAUUAAAAGAAUAAAAAAAUAAUAAUAAUUUACAGUCAUUUGCGCACAACUUAAAAUAAGUCUGUAUUACAUUCCUCAAAACAUUGUGGUUUGAUAACGUUGCCAAGAAUUUGAAAAAAAAAAACACAAAAAAAACACAGAGUAAAAUGAAAAAAAAAAAAAAAACUAUUGCAUGCUGCUUCAGUUGUGAAUUGAGAAAACUGUCCACUUUGAAAAAGGAAAUCAAUUCUAACCAAAACAUUCCGUUUACAUUUUAGACAGUCAGUGGUCUUUAUUCCUAUUAGUAUUAUAUCUGUUUACUGCUUUAAACUUCUACAGAUAGCGUUGGAAUUAAAUACAAAUGUCAAGGUGCUGUUGUCAAAGCUUUGCUGUUUAUUUUUUUAUUCCCAAGUAAAGAAAAAAAAAAAAAAGAAAUGAGAUAUAAAAAACAUUGACAUAUGUUCUGGACAAUAUAAUUCAUUUUGUAUGUUGUGACGUUGUUUGCAAUAUGAAAUUGGGAUAUUUGAAGAAAUAAAAUGUCUAAAGGCAACUGAAAAAACAAAA